AUGAGGGAAUUCAUGCAGAUGGAAACCCAUCUUGGUGAACACACUAUGAGAUCUCAUGGAUUUGCAGUUGCUAAAACACAUUUGUAUGAUUGGAUUAUACUAUUGCUCCUUGUACUUAUUGAUAUCGGGUUAAACAUGAUCUAUCCAUUCUUUCGCUUUGUUGGAGAGGAUAUGAUGUUUGAUCUCAAAUAUCCACUCAAGAGUAAUACAGUUCCUGUCUGGUCUGUUCCUAUCCUUGCCGUUGUAUUGCCUAUGGUGAUAUUUCUUGUUGUUUAUAUCCGAAGGAGAGACAUCUAUGAUCUUCAUCAUGCCGUACUAGGUUUAUUGUUCUCCAUUUUAGUAACGACAGUGAUAACUGAUGCAAUAAAAGAUGCAGUAGGGCGACCUCGACCAAAUUUUUUAUGGCGAUGUUUUCCAGAUGGAAAGGAUGUUUAUGGUGAAUGGGGAAAUGUCAUUUGUAAUGGUGACAAGCUUGUCAUAAAGGAAGGAUAUAAGAGCUUCCCAAGCGGCCAUACUUCAUGGUCAUUUGCUGGUCUAGGUUUUUUAUCGUUGUACUUGUCUGGAAAACUAAAAGCAUUUGAUCGCAAAGGUCAUGUUGCAAAACUUUGCAUAAUUUUUCUACCACUAUUUGCUGCAUCACUUGUUGGCAUUUCUCGAGUUGAUGACUAUUGGCACCACUGGACAGACGUGUUUGCUGGAAGUCUUAUAGGAAUUGUAGUAGCUACUUUUUGCUAUUUGCAGUUUUUUCCUCCUCCUUAUCAUCCUGAAGGUUGGGGUCCUUAUGCUUAUUUUAGGAUGUUGGAAGAAACUAGAGGUAUGACACAAGUUCCUAAUGCUCAAAAUGGUAAUCAAACCCAAAUGGCUCAAUUAACAGAAGCCCAAGUUGAGAACCAGGAGGGACAAAGUCACCAUGGGUUUAUGGGGUUAUCUUUAGCAGGGAAUCAAACUUCAACAUUAGAAGAUGAACUUGAAUCUGGGAGGAAAUAAGUUAUGUACA